UCCUCGAUCGUAUUCGCAACCUCGCAGGCAAUUGUAUUGAUCUUCAAGGAUUCUUAGUUUUCUAUUCCUUUGGAGGUGGUACUGGUUCUGAAUUGAGUGUUUUGCUUUUAGAACGUCUCACUGACGAUUACGGAAAGAGUCUAAACUAG